AUGGCUCCCUUCACUCUCUACACUCACGCCGGUAAGACCGUUCUUUCCCCCUUCCCGAUGCACUGGGAGCACCUCCACUCAUAUAUGACUGCAGGUCCCGGCCCGAACCCGGUCAAGGUGGCCAUGGCCCUCGAGCACCUCGGCUUGGACUACGACUGUGUCCCCCUCGGCUUUGGUGAGGGCAAGGGCACCGUCAAGGAUGCCGAGUACACCUCCAAGGUCAACCCCAACGGCCGUGUUCCCGGUCUGAUCGACCACAAGAACAACGACUUCACCGUCUUUGAGAGUGCCGCCAUUCUGCAAUACAUUGCUGAGAAAUACGAUGCCAGUGGCAAACUCGCCGGCAACACCCCUGAGGAACGGGCCACGAUCAACAAGUGGCUCGCUUGGCAGGUGUCUGGUCUGGGUCCCUACCAGGGUCAACUGGUCUGGUUCCUCGCCUUCCACGAGGGUGCCCACGGUGAGAAGCCCAACGGCUCCGUGAUUGCACGCUACCAGGCUGAGGUGGAGCGCCUGCGUUCUGUGCUGGAGAAGCAUCUCGCAUCCGCGGACAACGGAUUCGUGGCAUUGGGCCGGUUGACCAUUGCUGACUUUGCCAUCCUGCCCUGGUUGAAGAUCUCCGUGCUGGCUGGACCUGCGCUGAAGCCCUUCGAGGAGUACCCGGCGAUCAAUGCCUACAUCCAGAAGCUGGAUGCACUGCCGGAAGUCCAGGCCGCCUACAAGAAGGCUGUGCCUCCUAUGCAGUAA